AUGGAUGAGGAUACCUACCAACGUGCUAUUCCCGAGACGGAGACGAAGACCACGGACGAGCAGCCUGCUACUAGCCUGGAGAGUUCGCUCAGGGCGAUUUGGGCUCAUGUGCUGAACCUUCCUGAAGAGAAGGUUUCCUUCGACCGGUCGUUCCUUUCUCUUGGCGGUGACAGUAUCUCCGCCAUGCAAGUCAUGGGCCAAUGCCGAAAGCGAGGUCUAGGCCUUGGCGUGCAGGACAUUCUGCGGAGCAAGUCUAUUCCUCAUCUAGCGACUGCUGUCAAGGAGAUCGAGAAUUCAGCAAUAGACGUCGUAGAGGAGAUUGACAAGCCUUUCGACCUGACGCCUAUCCAGUCGCUAUGGUUUCAACUUCCCAACCAAGGUCACGGACACUUCAACCAGUCUUUCUACCUUCGCGUGCUGAAGAAGACUACCCCGGGGGAAUUCCAGCGCGCUGUAGAUACACUGGUCUCUCGCCAUUCCAUGCUACGCGCCCGCUUCCACUUGACAGAGGAAAACGUAUGGAAACAGCGGAUUACGAACGAUGUUGCCCACUCUUACCGUUUCCGUCAUCAUAUUGUGUCCUCGAAACAAGAAGUGGAUGCUCACAUCGAGGAUUCACAGAAGUGUUUGAACCAUUCGUAUGGUCCAUUAUUUGCCGCGGAUAUGUUCGAGUUUAACGGCGAACAGCACGUAUUCCUCGUCGGCCACCACUUGGUCAUCGACUUGGUGACAUGGCGGUUGCUCUUGGAAGAAUUGGAAGAGAUUCUCCGAGGUGGAACACUACUUCCUCCAGCACUUCCAUUCCAGAAGUGGGCUAAGCUACAACAGGAACAUGCGCAAACGCUUAGACUGGAUAGCGUCCUUCCACCUGCAAGUGUACCUCCUCUGGACUUUUCCUACUGGGGCAUUCAGCACAAGGAUAAUACUUACGGAAAUGCUGGUCAAGGAAGCUUUGAGCUGGACGCGUCUUUGACUUCCAAGUUCUUAACCGAUUGCCAUAUGGCUUUGAAGACCGAACCUGUCGAAGUUCUUCUUGCUUCACUGAUACAUUCUUGGAACCGCGUGUUUACCGACCGGCCAGUCCCGGCCAUUUUCAAUGAGGGACAUGGCCGAGAACCCUGGGAUUCCAAAAUUGACAUAUCGCGGACUGUCGGUUGGUUUACGACGGUAUAUCCUGUUUAUGUCCAACCGGGGACCGAGUUGACUGAUACUGUCCGUCGCGUCAAAGACUUCCGAAGACAAAUCCCAGCCAACGGUCGGCCAUAUUUUGCUGCCAGGUGCUUGACACCCGAGGGACGCGAACGGUUCAAGACACACUGGCCCAUGGAGAUUUCCUUCAAUUAUCUUGGUCAAUACCAGCAACUCGAGCGGGCUGACGCACUUCUCAAGCCUCUAGAGAGCAUGGCCGGCGAAACAAGAGAAGCUGGUGGCACUGCUGACGUCGGCUACGAUGCUCCUCGCUUCGGCCUCUUUGAGAUCUCCGCAAUCGUUUUCAAAGGACAACUUAAAUUUGCCUUUACAUACAACAGGCACAUGCUUCACCAGGAUAGCAUCAAGCGCUGGAUCACUGAAUGUCAGCAAACUUGUACAGAUAUCGUACAGUCUCUCCUCAAUCUGGCGCCAACGCCGACCCUGAGUGACUUCCGGCUUCUGUCCCUGACAGAAGAGCGGUUUCAUUUUAUGGUCGACCGGCUCGCGAAGAUUGGGAUCCCUGCUACGAACAUUGAGGAUGCAUAUCCAUGCUCGAAUAUGCAAGAGGGACUUCUGCUCUCCCAAACGAAAGAUGCGGGCUUCUAUGCUGCCGUCACAGUGCACGAAGUCAAACUGCCGCAUGGCCAGCCAGAGUGGCAAAAGCUGGCCGAUGCAUGGAGACAAGUCGUAAAGCGGCACCCUGCUCUCCGAACGAUCUUCAUGGAAAACAUCGGAGCUGGUGAAGGUCUCUAUGACCAAGUGGUCUUGAAGCAGAUAGACGCCAACAUUGUCCACUUCUCCAGUGAAGACGAGCAGGAUGCAAUUCGGAUGUUUAAUGCCCAGCGAUCAGUCGAUUACGAUCAUGGCCGAAGCCCGCCUCACCGAUUCAGCAUAUGUACCACGAAAGACGCCCGCGUAUUCUUCUGCAUCGAGAUUAGCCAUGGCAUUAUGGAUGGCCAUUCCAUGAGCCUGCUCUUCCGCGACCUCAAACUUGCCUAUGCCGGGUCGCUUAGCCCGGACGGCCCCUCAUACAGCACCUAUAUCUCGUACCUGCACAAUCACAACCAUGCCGCCAGCCUUGACUUCUGGAAGUCAUACCUUAGCGGUAGCGAGUUGUGCUCAUUCCCCAUUCUCAAUGACGGAAUUGUCGUCAAGGAGAAGGAACUUCGCUCUAUUCGCCUUGAUCUUGGCAACUUGAGCGUGUUGGACCUUCAAGCCUUUUGUGCAGCGAAUGGAAUUACGCUCGCCAACGUGUUCCAUACAGCAUGGGCUCUCACUAUUGGUCUUUACAUCGGCACCCAGGAUGUCACAUUUGGCUAUCUCACGUCUGCUCGGGACGCCGACGAGCUCGAUGGAGCCCAGGACAUGGUUGGCCCGCUGAUCAACACGCUUGUCUGCAGAGUCCAGUUUACUGACAGUUCUUCGUGCCUGCUGGACAUCGUCAGGGCGGUCCAGCAAGACUAUAUGAACAGUUUACCACAUCGCCAUACUUCACUGGCUGAAGUACAGCACGCACUGGGCCUAGGCGGAGAUUCUUUGUUCAACACUGCACUCUCCUACCGGAGACUUCCUCCAGUGGGCCCAACUGACGACGCGAGUCUUCGCUUUGUUGAAGUCCAACCGAUAUAUGAUCCUACCGAGUAUCCAGUUUCUCUGAACAUCGAAGUUUCCGAUGAAGCUGCUAUGAUUGACCUGGACUACUGGACCGAUCAUCUGUCGGAUGGGCAGGCUGCUAAUGUCGCAAGUUCUCUCGUGAGAGCCUUGGAAAACAUUAUAUUCCACGCGGAGCAGAAACUGUCGGCCUUGGACCACCUGAGCGGCAAGCAAUGGCAACAAAUUCUGGGUUGGAACAUCAUGCCCGAGACCCUCUACGAGCGUGUCCAUGACAGAUUUGCCUCGUGGGUUAAGACGCAGCCGGAUGCCCCUGCUGUUCGAGGCUUUGAUGGCGACUACACAUAUGCAGAGCUGGAUGCUGUUACCACUCGUCUAGCACGUCACCUCGUUGAACUCGGCGUUGGACCCGAAGUAUUUGUACCAACAUGCUUUGACAAGAGCUCCUAUGCAGUUGUUGCAAUGCUUUCUGUGCUCAAGGCUGGUGGAGCUGCUGUACCACUCGACGCGAAGCAUCCCAAGCACGCACUGGAAUUGCGAGUCGAAGACACCCAGGCGCAAGUGGUGCUCACAUCUGCAGCGCGGUCAGACCUGUUUGAGGAUGUCGUUCCGGACGUUGUUAUCGUCGACUCCGUCCUCCUCGAAGACUUGGAAUGCAGAGACGAAGAAGAAGGACCAGCAUGCACGACGGUCCAACCGAAUAACCCAGCAUUCGUCAUUUUCACCAGCGGCAGUACAGGGCGGCCAAAGGGCGUCAUUCUUGAGCAUGCAGCUAUGGUCACAAGUGCGAACGCCCAUGGUUCAAAUCUCGGUAUUGGCCCGGGAUCGCGCUUUCUCCAAUUUGCAAGCUACACGUUCGACAACUCUCUUGAAGAGAUGUUCACCACCCUUCAACGAGGCGGGUGCGUCUGCGUGCCGUCUGAGGAACAGCGCAUGAACGACCUCCCGGGAGCGAUCGCCGAGCUAAACGCCAAUUUCAUGGAUCUCACUCCUACAGUCGCGGCUUUGUUGAAUCCUGCAGACGUCCCUACCAUCAAAGGAAUGGCUCUUGGUGGCGAGGCCCUUACGAAGGCGGUAGUAGAUCAGUGGAGCAAACAUGUUCAUUUGCAUGGGCAGUAUGGCCCCAGCGAAGCAAGCAUCAACUCUGCUUGGAAGGACUUCAAAAAUGGCGGCGAGCCUACUAACAUCGGACACGCUAUUGGAAGUGUGUCAUGGAUAGUCGACCCAGAGAACCGAAAUCGCCUUGUGCCGAUUGGCUGUAAGGGAGAGCUUCUCAUUGAAGGGCCGAUCUUGAGCAGAGGAUAUCUGAAUGAUCCUGAGAAGACGGCUCUGGCGUUCAUAACGGAUCCUGAAUGGGCUUCGGCAGGUGGCGCAACGGGGCGGAGGUUCUACUGCACGGGAGAUCUCGUGCACUAUACGUCAUCUGGAGAGAUGAUGUACCUUGGAAGGAAGGACAGCCAGGUGAAGCUCAACGGUCAACGUAUUGAGCUUGGUGAGAUUGAGCACCACUUGAAGCUGAAUCUGCCUCCCGAAGCCCAGUCUGCCGUUGAGCUUGUCAAGUUCUCAGACGAGAAGGGAACAAAAGCGUUGGUCGCCUUCCUCUGCCUCGAAGGGGAACCUGCAGGCUCGGUCAACGAUUCCUCAUCCGCCAUAGGGCAGAUGACAGACGAGAUCCGUGCCAUUGGAAAAGAGAUGGAGCAAGCGCUGGCCAAUGCACUGCCAGCCUACUACGUACCUUCAAUGUUCCUACCGGUCACCAGCAUGCCUAUGACAACUUCCGGAAAGCUGGACCGCAAAGUACUUCGUCAGCUGGCUCAGACAAUCCCAGAGGACCAGCUUCAUACCUAUCGUCUUGCUGGCAAGAGCGGCCGAGCGCCCUCUGGCUUUGCUGAAAUCACGUUGGCUCGCCUGUGGUCCUCAAUUCUGAAACUGGGUGCGGACUCUGUCGGAGCCGACGAUUCCUUCUUCCGACUUGGUGGUGACUCUAUCGGUGCGAUGCGACUUGUGACAGCCAGCCGAAAGGAAGGCAUCGUCCUUACUGUUUCAAACAUCUUCGCUCACCCUAAACUUGCGGACAUGGCAGCCUCCGCUACCGUGCUGUCAUCUCAGGAUAUUCAAGAGGAGCCGACGCCCGACAUGGCGCCUUUUGAGCUUCUCCCUGAAGACAUGAGACGGAGAUUGAUUGAAUUCGCUGCUUCCGAGUGUGGCGUUUUCCCUGACUCUAUCGAGGAUGUGUACCCUUGCAGCCAGCUUCAAGAGGGCCUCAUCGCGCUUUCCAGCAAAGAACCUGGAUCGUACGUCGCUGAGACGAUCUAUCGCUUGCCCCAAGAUGUCGAUGUCGAUCGCUUUAGGCAGGCCUGGAAUGAAGUCAUUGCCUCUGAGUCUAUUCUUCGAACACGCAUAAUCUACACAGAAGACUGCGGAUUCCUGCAGGUUGUGGUACAUGAUGGAGUGGAAUGGCAGUCCAUUUCGAGUUUGCAGGACAUCAACGAGACGCAUCGACAUUUGCCCGCUAAGAACGGAGCUCCUCUAGCGUCAUAUGCUAUUGUGGGUGAGGGUACGACAUCUCCGUUCUUCGUGUGGACGGCUCAUCAUGCUGUAUACGACGGGUGGAGUCUGCCGGCCCUACUGUCUAAAGUGGAGAACUGCUAUCGCCAGCCGCGCCAACAGGUUAUCACAUCCGUCCCCUACUCACGAUUCAUCAAAUAUCUGUCCACUAUCGACAAGAAGCAAUCGGACGACUUCUGGCUUCAAACACUCGAGAAUAUCGCGGCGCCCCAAUUCCCUCAACUCCCCAGUCCGGACUACAAUGUUCAAGCCUCCAGACAAAUCGAGCAUACCAUCUCCGUUUCGAGAAAGGCAGGAAUGGACAUUACGAUGCCUUCCAUGAUUCGCGCGGCAUGGGGGCUGCUUCUCGCUGCUUACUCCGGUUCCGACGACGUCCUCUGGGGGGAGACGAACAGCGGCCGCGAGGUGCCAGUGCCGGGCAUCGAGGAUAUUGUUGGGCCCACAAUUGCCACUUCCCCCGUCCGGCUGCAAGUGAAUCGCCAGUCCACUGUUGAAGAAUACCUCCAAGGAGUGCAGCGACAAGCUUCAGCUGCUUUGCCUUUCCAGUUCGCCGGACUUCAGCACAUUCGCAAGUUAAGCUCUGACACAGCUGCUGCGUGCGAGUUCCAGAGCUUGCUGGCUAUUGUUGCAGGGGAUAGCAUGAAGGAUCCAGAAGGCGGACUUUGGGAUCUCCAAAGUACUGGAACCAUUGGAACCAACUUCUUCAAUUAUGCGCUCAUAUUCAACUGCACUGUCUCGCAAGGCAGUGUGCAUAUUGAAGCGCAUUACGACGCCCAAGUUAUUCAAGGCUGGCUUGUGCAACGUCUCUUGAAACAAUUCGACUUCCUGCUCAAGCGCCUGAAUGCUCAAGAGGCGCGUCAGACAUCCCUUAUUGAGCUUGAAUUGCUGAACUCGGACGAUGAAGCCGUCAUCUCUGCUUGGAAUAGUCGCCCCGUCAACACUAUCAACAAGUGCAUUCACAACGUGAUCUACCAGGAUCAAUGCAUUCUGCGACCUUCGGCGAUUGCCAUCGAUGCUUGGGAUACGGGCUCUAUGAGCUACCAGGAGCUAGAUGAGCGAGCCACCCGUCUUGCGUCCAAACUGGUUUCUGUUGGUGUGCAACCGCACACCUUCGUACCUAUUUGCUUCGACAAGUCAGGUUGGACUAUCGUCGCCAUGCUUGCAAUCCUGAAGGCGGGAGCUGCAUUUGUGCCGCUAGACUUCGAAUCUCCCCUUCUCAGACUCCGCGAGAUUGUUGGGGACGUCAACGCAAAGCUGAUUCUCUGUGCACCGAAGUACGAACGGCUCUGCCAAUCUAUUCCCUGCGAGACCCUGGCAGUAGAUAAAGAAGCCACUGAGCGUCAACCGGGACGCCUGUACACCCUGCCCUACGUUCAAAGCGACAGUCCUGCCUACGUUAUCUUCACCUCUGGAUCCACGGGCAAGCCCAAGGGAGCUGUCAUCAACCACUCUGCAUGGGUGUCAAGUUCUUCGGCUUUUGCGCCUGCGAUGGGAAUCUCGGAGACCUCGCGCGUCUUGCAGUUUGCCUCAUAUACCUUCGAUGCCUGUCUCAUGGAGAUUUUGAGCACACUUAUGCUCGGUGGGACUGUUUGUGUACCGGACCAAGCAUCCAGGACGAACGAUCUUCCAGGCGUUAUCAACAAGUUCAAUGUCAACUGGGCUACACUUACACCUUCUGUGGUGCGAACGAUGCAGCCAUCUCAAGUUCCCGAGUUGAAAACUCUGGUGCUUGUUGGCGAGGCGAUGUCUCAACAAGACCUUCUCACCUGGGCUGACCGUGUUAUGCUCGGCAAUGGGUAUGGACCGACUGAGUGCAGCGCCAUUGCGACUGUCAACAUUAUGACUCCAACGACUAAGCCGUAUAACCUUGGAAAGGCAGUGACAGCAAGAGGCUGGAUCGUGGCGAAAGAUAACCAUCAUGUUCUACAGCCGCUGGGUGCAGUUGGCGAGCUGCUGCUUGAAGGUGGGGGAGUUGGGUGUGGCUAUUUGAACGAUCCUGAGAAGACUGCGCAGGCGUUUAUUGAUAAUGUUAACUGGACACUUGGUACGAGCUCAGUCGAUGAAGGAGUUAAGAGGAGGUUCUAUAAGACGGGAGACUUGGUCAAGUACAAUGAGGAUGGCACUAUGAUGUAUCUCGGUCGCAAAGAUUCGCAGACCAAAGUCCGCGGUCAACGGCUGGAGUUGUCAGAAGUGGAACAUCAUCUCAUCGACGAUGCUGCGGUUCAGAAUGCCCUUGCCGCCGUUCCCACCGCUGGACCUUGCGCGAAGCGUCUUGUUGGAGUUGUCUCCUUACAGAAUGUCGCUGUUUCUGGACCAGCCGGUCAAGAAUUACAGCUCCUUCCCGCAGAGACAGCUUCCUUCAGCAUCUCAGCAAUCCGCGACCGCAUCUGUGAGCGCCUUCCUGCUUACAUGAUACCGUCUCUGUGGGUGGCAGUGGCUGCAUUCCCUCUCAUGCCAUCCGGAAAGAUGGACCGGCGCCGCGUUGUUCAGUGGCUCGAGAAGAUGGAUAACGAUACUUACCGGAUUAUAUCAACUCUGGGCUUAGACGCACCAAAAGAUGCCGUCAACGACGUGGAGAGCAAACUCCAGGCAAUCUUCGCUACAGUUCUCAAUCUUCCGGUCGAAGAUGUGAGACUCAACCAAUCGUUCUUGCACCUUGGUGGCGACUCUAUCGCUGCUAUGCAGGUCUCAUCGCAAUGUCGCGCACAGGGACUUGCGAUUACCGUCCAGGACAUUAUUAGGUCGAAAUCGAUUGCAGCUUUGGCAUCCAAGGCCUCCGUUACCGAAGAUGAUGCAUCUGCAUCUAAAGCCAACGAGUACGAUCUUCCGUUCGAUCUCACUCCGAUCCAGCGCAUCUUCUUUGAAACUGUUGGAGACACGUAUAACCACUUCAACCAAAGCGUUAUCUUGCGCCUUGCCCGAUCCUUUGAGCCAGAGGAGGUCGAAGCUGCCGUCAGCUCGCUAGUGACGACACACCCAAUGCUUAGAGCACGAUACUCUCGAGAUGUAUCUAGGAGGUGGCGGCAAAGGAUCGAAAAGGAAGUCAAAGCAUCCUUUAGGUUGCGAUACCAUCGCGUGAGCAACGGCAAUGAAGCGACCCUGCGGCCCAUUGUCGACGAGAGCCAAGCGACACUGGACAUCACUUCUGGACCUACUUUUUCAGUGGACCUGUUCGACCUGGAGGACUCGUUUACACAAGCCAUCGCCCUUGUCGCUCAUCACCUUGUUGUUGAUGUUGUUUCUUGGGGCAUUAUCCUGGAGGAUCUGCAGAACCUUCUGAAUGGUACCAAGCCGCCGCCUCAGAGCCUUCCGUUCCACGUUUGGCAAGAACAGCAGGUGGAGAAGGCUAAGCAGGAUACUGCAGGAAGAGUGCUUCCGGUUGCGGGAAUUCCACCAGCCAACUUCGAAUACUGGGGCAUGGAUGCCAAGGCCAACAUCAACGGAGAUGUGAUCAUUGAAGACAUAGAGCUCAGUCCCAAAGACUCUAUGCUGCUCUUGGGUGCUCACGAUGCGCUAGCCACGGAGCCUUUGGAUGUCUUCAUUGCUGCUCUCUUGGAGUCUUUCCGCAAGGUGUUCACCGAUAGGUCUACCAUCACGAUUCACAACGAAGGGCACGGCCGUGAACCGUGGAAUGCGAAGCAGGACCUUUCCCGAACCGUGGGGUGGUUCACUACCAUGACUCCAAUUCAUUUGCCUGUACCACCUGAGGAGCCUACCGACAUUGUCAGUACUAUUCGAUGGGUCAAGGAUCUCCGCGAAAGGAUUCCUGACAAGGGACGUCCAUAUUUCGCAUAUAGACUCCUGACCGAGGAAGGCCAAGAGCGGUUCCCUGGUCACUGGCCAGCGGAGGUGGCAUUCAAUUACCUUGGAAGAAUGCAGAAUCUCGAACGGAAAGACGCCUUGUUACAGAAAUUGGACGGUGUCACAUCAUCCGAUAUUGGCCCUGAAGUACCUCGCUUCUCCCUGUUCGAAGUCACAGCACUCGUCGCCCAGGGAACCAUCAAGAUGUCCUUUGGCUGGAAUCGCCAUAUGCAACGACAAGCCGAAAUCAAGCGCUGGAUCCAUGAAUGCAAGCAGACACUCGUCGAUGCUGUGGAGAAGCUUCUGCAAGUACGGCCCGAGCCGAGCUUGAGUGACUUCAAACUCUUGCCCCUUGCUUACAAUGGCAUGUCGAGGCUUUCUGCUGUUUUGCCUGCCGGAACGACGGUUGCGGACAUUGAAGAUAUUUACCCUGCUUCUCCGAUGCAACAGGGUCUUCUACUGUCUCAGUUGAAGCAUCCGGAAUUCUAUGCCUACCACUGCAUCUUUGAAGUCCGGUCGACGGACCCGUCCCGGACCGUCAACCCGAGAAAGCUCGCCGAGGCUUGGCAGAUCGUUGUUCAUCGUCAUCCAGCUUUGCGAACUGUGUUCAUCGAGAGCCUUUCAAAGACUGGGCUUAUGGACCAGGUCGUCUUCAAGGACAAGCCUGGACGUAUUGCAUGGAUUGCCGACUGCGAAGACGAAGAUGCGGUCGAAUUGCUACGGAAUCAACCGCCAGUGGAUUACCGCGAAUUCAAUCCGCCACAUCGUCUCACUAUCUGUAAGACCAAAUCCGGCGCCGUAUGGGUUAGGCUUGAGAUGAGCCAUGCCAUUUGCGACGGCAGUUCCAUUCCCAACAUCCUCCGGGACUUGGCAAGGGCAUAUGAGGGCAAGCUGUCAAGGGCAGAGCCUGGGCCGCUGUACAGCGACUUCAUUGCUCAUAUCCUUUCCAGUUCACGGGAUGCCGAUGUCAACUACUGGAAGGCUUACCUAUCCGGAGUGGAGCCUUGCUUUUUCCCGAAUCUGCACGAUGGCAAGCCUGGACCUCAUGAGCUUGGCUCAUAUGAAAUCCAUCUUUCCAAAGCUGCCGAGAUUCAGCACUUCUGCAAGAAGAAGGGCGUCACUUUGUCGAACGUUUUGCAGUUAGGCUGGGCACUACUUCUCCACUGUUACGUUGGAGCUUCCGAUGUCUCCUUCGGCGUCGUCGCAUCCGGUCGAGAUGUCCCCGUUCGCAACAUCGAGGAGGCGGCAGGCUGCUUCGUCAACAUGCUCAUCUGUCGCUUGCAAUUUACGGAUGAGACAUGUAUAGACCGGCUACUCGAGACGCUGCAGACUGACUCCGUCAAUGCAAUGGCACACCAGAGCUGCUCGUUGGCGGAUGUGCAACACGAGCUCCAGCUCCCCUCGCUAUUCAAUACGGUCUUCACUUUCCAGAGGAGACACCUUUCCCGCGACCCUGAGAAGACUGCGCUGGUGUACGAGAACGUUGAGGCUGCUGAUCCUGGAGAGUAUCACAUUACGGUGAACGCCGAUGUGUCUGAAGAGGGAACCACUGUCGACUUUGGCUUCUGGAAAGACAAGAUUUGCCCCACGCAAGCGGAGAAUAUGGUGCACGCCUUCGAACAGAUCCUGAAUUGCAUCGUCGAUAAUGCGGACAAGGACGUCACGAUUGGAGAGCUGGAUUUCGUCACUGAUGGGACCAUCCAGCAGAUCAUGGAGUGGAAUCGGGAACUUCCACCGCCAGUGCGCCGCUGCGUGCAUGAUCUUAUUUCAGAGCAGGCGCUUAUCAGGCCUCGCUCGGCCAAGGCCGUCGAAGGCUGGGAUGGGAGCUUCACCUAUCAAGAGUUCGAUGAACUCACAACGCGUCUGGCGGUAUACCUUAACACUCUUGGAAUAUCGACUGAGACUUUCGUUCCGAUCCUCUUCGAGAAGUCUUCUUGGGCUAUUGUUGCGAUGAUCGCAAUCAUGAAGGCUGGAGGGGCAUACGUCCCACUUGACCCUAAGCACCCAUCUGCUCGCCUUCGCCAGCUGAUUCGCGACGUAGGUGCAAAAGUCGUUCUCUGCUCAAAGAACUAUCAUCCAAGGGCAACCGAGGUCGCAGCGACCGCAGUGGUCAUUGGCAAGCAGUCCGUGAGCAGAAUUGCCGCCGCCAAAGGAUUGAAGCCGAAGUCCGAUGUCACGCCAGACAAUGCUGCAUAUUGUCUGUUUACUUCUGGAACUACGGGAACGCCAAAAGGAACAAUAAUUCCUCACCAGUCCUUCUGCACGAGUGCUUCCGCAUUCACCCGUCUUAUGCACAUUGACUCUACCUCUCGGACGUUCCAGUUCGCCAGUUACACGUUCGACGCAAGCUGUGCUGAGAUCCUUGCCGCCCUUACCGUCGGUGCUACUGUUUGCGUUCCCAGCGAGGAUGAGAGGAUGAAUGACCCCGCAGGGGCGAUCCGGAGGUUGAAAGCCACCUGGACCUUCUUAACGCCCUCUGUGUUGGGAACGAUGAAGCCCGAGCGCGUCUCCACGCUGAAGAGCCUUGUCGCUGGUGGUGAAGCGGUUCCUGGCCCUGUCAUCACGAAAUGGGGUACACAUGUGAAUCUCAUUAACGGCUACGGACCCACAGAGACGACCGUCUUCGCGGUUGCCGGCGUCAAAUCCACCCUCGACAAAGAGCUGGUUGAUACCGAUCCAGGAACCAUCGGUGUUCCUUCUGGAUGUCGGCUAUGGGUGGUGCAUCCGCGAAAUCACGACAAAUUGAUGCCUAUCGGAAGUGUUGGCGAGUUGCUCAUCGAAGGCUUUACAGCCGCUCGUGGCUACCUGGGUGAUGAGGUCAAGACAGCGAAGGUAUUUAUCGAGAAUCCCGCGUGGACCAAAGAGUUGGCUGCAGUUAACCCUUCGUUCCGGACGGCCCGCUUCUACAAGUCCGGAGAUCUUGUGCGCUACAAUUCGAACGGAUCCAUAAGUUACAUUGGCCGCAAGGAUACCCAGAUCAAGCUCAAUGGCCAGCGUAUUGAGCUUGGUGAGAUUGAGUACCACGUCAAGAGCAAGUUCCCCGAGGGCGUCCAAUCGGCUGUGGAACUCGUAGCGCCAGCGAGUCGUAGCUCCGCCAAAGCUCUUGCUGUAUUCUUCUCCAUGGAUGAAUCGGAAGAGAAUCAAUUAGGAAACACCGCCCAGCCGCUUUCUGCUUCAGAUGAACUGCUACUGCCCAUGGACGAGCGGCUACAGCAGAUGUGCAAGACAGUGGAGAAUGCCUUGGCAGGCGUGCUGCCUUCGUACAUGAUCCCAUCGAUAUUCAUCCCCAUUGCAAAGAUGCCUUGGACAACAGCGAGCAAGCUCGAUCGCAAUCGCCUGAAGAAUCUUGUCCAGAAUUUGACCAAAGAAGCCAUGGCGCCGUACCGACUGUCAAGUGCAGCAAACAAGCGGAAACCUAUGACAGACGCCGAAAAGAAAAUGCAGAAGCUGGUGUGCUCGGUGUUGAACCUUCCAGCUUCAUCUGUCGGUCUGGACGACAGCUUCAUCCGGCUGGGUGGUGACUCUGUGGCGGCUAUGCGGCUUGUAGCGGCGGCACAAGCAGAGCAUCUCGAGCUAUCCGUUAUCGACAUAUUCAAGCAGCCGAAGUUGUCGGACCUGGCGGCUAAGUGUAACAUUGCGACUGAUACCGGUGCAAAGACGGACAGAAGCAUCGAGCCAUUCCAGUUGUUACGACAUCCGCUGUCCAGAUCCCAGGUCCUGGAUGAACUUGCUGAGCAGUGUCGUGUAUCAAAAGACAAGAUUCAGGAUGCGUACCCGGCAAGUCCACUCCAGGAAGCCUUUGUUACGCUCUCAAUCAAGCAGCCUGGAGCACACGUUGCGCAGCAUAUCCUCGCAUUGUCCAAGUCCGUCGACAUCACUAAACUGAAGGCAGCGUGGGAUAAAGCUGUACAAGAAAUCGACCUUCUCAGGACGCGCAUUGCACAGACUCAAUCCGGUGCCUUUGUACAAGCAGUGCUGGUGGAAGAUCCUAUUUCCUGGCGUGAAACAUCCACUCUGGAAGCGGCCGAGUCUGAAGUCUCACAAGUGCCCUCUUACGUUGGUGGCCAACUGGCAGCAUACACUCUCGUCCGUACAGAGAAAGACGAGCGGUACCUGGUUUGGACGAUUCACCACGCUUUGUAUGAUGGCUGGAGUAUCCCAUUCAUGCUGCAGAAAGUGGAGCAGAUAUAUCAAACCGGCCUUUCGGAUAUGCCAAAGGUGCCAUAUACCAGGUUCAUAAAGUACAUCCAAGAUGCAAACCCGGAUGCCUCAAGGAGCUUCUGGAAAGAGCAUUUGGCUGGUGCUUCUCCUUACCAGUUCCCACAGCAGCCUCAUUCGACUUCCCACACGGCGCCGAAUGGCCAGGUUUCGCAGCAUACUGCGAAGUUUACGGCUCCUCGACACACUGACAUUACACCGUCAACCGUCAUUCGAGCGGCAUGGGCGAUCCUUGUGGCAGCUUACACCGGAAAUGAGGAUGUAGUUUUUGGAGAGACUUUGACUGGAAGAGAUAUCGCCGUUCCGGGUAUCACUGAGAUAUGCGGACCAACGCUGACUACUGUGCCCACGAGAGUCAAAGUCGGUCAAACCUUGACCGUUUUGGAUUUGCUGAAGGGCAUUGCCAGAACUGCCACAGAUCGGAUUCCCCACCAGCAUCUGGGCCUAUCCGAAAUCAAGCGCAUCGACCAAGACACGACAGCUGCUUGUGACUUCCAGAAUCUGCUCGCUAUUCAAACGGGCGGUCAACAACCCACGGAAACGAUGUGGAAGUUCCACAACAGUGGUAUUCAAGAGAACUACUUCACCUACCCGCUGGUCAUUGAAUGCAAAGCGCAGCCAACCAAUGUUGAAAUCACUGCUUACUACGAUGCAAAUGUUGUUUCGACGUGGCAAGCUCAACGCAUGUUGUAUCAACUGGAUGCAAUCCUGGGCCAACUGAACUCCGUCAACAACGUCCGCGACAUCAAUGUGUUCAGCAAAGAGGAUAUGCAGCUCGUGAAAGAGUGGAACUCCUAUGAGCCGGUGGUAGUCGACGAUACAAUUCACUCUCUGUUCCUGAAGCAGGCUGCAGCGCGGCCGAAUGCUCUGGCUGUGUCCGCUUUUGACGGCGACUUCACCUACGCUGAAUUGAGCGAUCUCGCAUCUCGACUCGCCCAGGAACUCAUGAGACUUGGUGUCGGACCGGAGAAGAUGGUCCCCCUAUGCAUCGACAAAUCCAAGUGGGCUGUUGUUGCCAUCAUGGCGGUCCUUCUCGCAGGGGGAGCUUACGUCCCGCUCUCACCAGAACACCCGGCUGAGCGACACCGUCAAAUCAUCGGGGAUUGCAAUGCCACAGUACUUCUGUGCUCACCAGCAUACGAGACGCGUUUCGCCAAUGCUGUCGACAAAGUUGUGCCACUGAGCGAAUCAGCUGUUCGCGGUGUUCCUGCUCACCACACAGCUCUCCCAGCUCGUGCGAAGGGCCACAAUGUCUGCUAUGUCCUCUACACUUCUGGCAGUACCGGCGUGCCAAAGGGCGUGGUGAUUGAACACCGAGCUAUCGCUUCCAGCUCGGCCGCCAUCUGCAAAGCUCUGCACCUAAACCAGUCCUCGAGAGUGUUCCAGUUCGCUUCAUUUGUUUUCGAUGCCUCCGUUAUGGAAAUCUUGACUACCCUUACCUGCGGCGCGACGAUUUGUAUUCCGUCUGACGAGGAGCGGACUACGGACAUUACUUCAGCGAUCAACAAGUUAAACGCUACCUGGACCUGCCUGACUCCGUCUGUUGCCAACGUCAUUGACGGUCCUGCAGCAGUCCCAACUUUGAAGACUUUUGCAUCCGGCGCAGAGGCUUUGACGCCCGAGACAAUCAAUAAGUGGAGCGGUGGAUUGCAACUUCUGAACGCUUACGGACCUACUGAAGGAUCCAUUGUGGCUGUCGCGAACGACAAAGUAAACACUCAGCGCGACACAUCCAACAUUGGCCACAUGCUACAGAGCGGACGAGCGUGGAUCGUGAAUCCGGAAGACCCCAACAAGCUAGCGCCGGUGGGCUCAGUCGGAGAACUAUGCAUCGAAGGGCCUCUGCUUGCAAGAGGUUACCUGAACAAUCGUGUCAAGACAGCAGAGUCGUUUGUCGAGGAUCCACUUUUCAUGAAGAUGUUCCUUCCACGCGGUACACACAGCAGAAUCUACCGCACGGGAGAUCUGGUGCAGUACGCACCUGAUGGCUCAAUCCGCUACAUCGGGAGGAAAGACAACCAAGUGAAGCUCGCUGGACAACGUAUGGAGUUGGGAGAAAUUGAGCAUCAUCUUCAGGCGGAUGAGCGUGUACGACAGGCCGUCGUAGUGAUGCCGAAGAAUGGCCCUGGAAAGAGGAAGUUGGCAGCAGUGGUUGCGCUGCGCCAGCUUCCUACUUCGACAAGUCAGCCCUGGAACACGCCGAUUACUGACCCCGCGACAAUGCGUGUUGUUGCAGAGGUCAAUAAGAGGUUGUCCGACUUACUUCCGUCUUAUAUGGUUCCUUCGGUAUGGGUUGCAGUGAGCAAGAUCCCCGCUUUGGCUUCGUCAAAGUUGGAUAGGAAGCAGGUGACUGCAUGGUUGGAGAACAUUGAUGAGGGCACCUAUCGGAACAUCUUGGAAUCUGAGAGCAGCGGCGACGUUGAUGCACCGACCAGCGAGACUACGAAGAAGUUGCGGAGCAUCUGGGCGAAGGUGCUUAAUAUCCCAGUGGAAAGUAUCAAGCCGAACAAAUCCUGGCUUUCACUUGGUGGAGACUCGAUUACAGCAAUGCAGAUGUUAGCCCGAUGCAGGAAAGAAGGCAUCAACCUCACCUUGAACCAGGUCCUGCGCAGCAAGUCACUGGCACACCUCGCAGAGACCAUAGCCAGCAGUGCUGAUUCUUUCUUCCACGGCACCGAGAAGAUGGAUCAGCCUUUCGACCUCUCGCCCAUCCAGAGAUUCUAUUUUGAGUCGAUCGGGGAUGACGAGAAUUCGCACUUCAACCAAUCGUUUACGCUUCGCCUUUCAAAGCGUACCGAUCCCGCACUGUUGAAGAACGUUCUGGAUGCUAUCGUCAAGUGUCAUUCGAUCCUUCGCGCCCGCUUCUCGAAAGACGAUUCCGGCACUUGGCGACAGCAUAUCCCGAAGGACGCGGUGGACGCGUACAAAUUCGAAGUUAACUCUGUCGCUAAGCAAGAUGAUAUCGUCCAGCAUGCGUCCGCCACACAGAGGAGUCUCGAUAUUGUGCGAGGCCCCGUCUUUGCAGCCGAACUAUUCAACAUCGGCGCGGAAGACCAAAUCCUCUUCAUCACCGCACAUCAUCUCGUGGUCGAUGUCGUGAGUUGGAGAAUCAUCCUUGGCGAUAUCGAAGAGUGCCUCCAAGCCGGGAGGUAUGAGUCGCUUCAGCCUGCGCUUCCAUUCCAGGUCUGGUGCGAAAAACAAGCGGCACAUGCCAACCAGCCAGCACAAAUCGACCGUCUCAAAGCCCAGGACUAUAAAGUACAUUCAGCGGAUCUGUCGUUCUGGGGUCUUGACAAGCGUGAAAACCUCUAUGGCGACGUGGAAAGGGAUUCCUUCACUCUGGAAGAGGAUGUAUCUGGCAAGGCGCUCAACGAUCACUCAGCUUUGAGGACCGAUGUGGUCGACCUGCUUCUUUCCGCUCUUGUCCACUCCUUCUCCCGAGUGUUCAUCAAUCGUCGGACGCCCACCGUAUUCAACGAGACUCAUGGGCGAGAGCCUUGGGACGGAAGCAAUCUAGAUCUCUCAAGGACCGUCGGCUGGUUCACGACAAUGUACCCCAUCACGGUCGAUAUUGGAGAAGACGAGGACGAAGUGAUCCAUACUGUCAGGAGAGUUAAGGAUCUCCGCCGAAAAGUCGUCGAUAAUGGCCGCCCUUACUUUGCGCAUCGAUUCCUCACUGACGACGGCAAGGCACAGUAUGCAGACCACCAGCCUCUGGAGAUCCUAUUCAAUUACCUUGGAAAGAUGCAACAACUUGAGGCAGACGAUGCCUUGUUCCAGUCCGUGCAGUUCGAGGAGGAUCAAGAAGCUGAGAUGACAGAUCUGGGCGCGAAGACGCGAAGACCGGCGCUUUUCGAAGUCUCAGCGUCCGUUGUGCAUGGACAAAUCCAGUUCAGCUUCAUGUAUAAUCGCUGGAUGAAGAAUCGGAAAGGUAUCCGUCGUUGGAUCUCUGAGUGUCAACGGACACUUGAGGAGAUUGUUUCGUCCCUUUCGACCAUGGAUAGCCCUCAGCCAACUCUGUCAGACUUCCCACUCUUGCCUUUGGAGUCGUACGAUAGGCUGGAUCGCGUCAUCAAGACAUUCCCUGGUGCGGGCAUUCUGUCGUAUGAGCAGGUCGAGGACAUGUAUCCUUGUGCGGCAGUGCAAGAGGGAAUGAUUCUCAGCCAGAUCAAAGAUGCAGAGUCCUAUCUCUCGUACUCGACUUUCGAGGUCAAAGCUAAACAAGGAAAAGUUGAUGUGCACAGAGUUGCGGAAGCUUGGCAGAAGGUGGUGAACCGCCACCCAGCCCUACGAACCAUUUUUGUCGACAGCGUCUGCAAGGGUGGAGUAUUCGACCAGAUCGUGCUCAAGAAGCCUGACAGCGGUGUUGUUACACUUACCUGCAAAGACGAGGAUCUGACAACGAAGCUGGAGUCCAUCAAGUACACCAAGCUCAACGGAAAGAAGAAGCCGAAAUUGCCGCACCAGUUCACGAUCGUACAAACCAGUUCCGGCAGAGUCAUCGUAAAGAUGGAGAUUAACCAUGCGGUCAUAGAUGGUGGAUCUCAUGCCGUCAUUCGACACGACCUUGAAGAGGCUUAUGAGGGCCGCUUGUCCGCAGAGGAAGGCCCUCUAUAUAGCGAUUAUAUCAAGUACCUUCGCAGUCAGCCCGCUGGAACUUCGGAAAAUUAUUGGAAAGAGAAGCUUCGAGGAUUGCAGCCCUGCCACUUCCCCAUCACUCCUCAGCAUUCCUCCAAGCAAAGACAGCUGCACUCGCUCUACAUGGAGUUCAGUCGUUUCUCGGAGCUUCAGAGCCUGGCCGAAAGGAACAGCGUUACGUUCUCUAACAUUAUGCUCGCUGCAUGGGCACUAGUAUUGCGUUCCUAUACCGGAUCUUCAGAUGUUUGUUACGGCUAUCUGACGUCCGGCCGGAAUAUUCCCGUGGACAACAUCGAAAACGCUGUCGGAGCCUUCAUCAACAUGCUGGUGUCGCGAGUAGGCGUAUCGCGCAAUCAACCACUUCUGGACGUAUUCCGAAAGGUCCAGAAUGAUUUCAUCGAGAGCAUACCGCAUCAACAUUGCUCGCUUGCGCAAUUCCAGCAUGACCUCGGACUCUCUGGCAAGGCUCUCUUCAACACCGCUGUCUCUAUUCAGAAUCAUGGCGCUGCUGAAGCCCACGCGGGGUCAGAGUCGAAUGUUGUGUUCGAGCAUUUCGACGCUCAUGACCCAAGCGAGUUUGCCAUUACCGUAAAUAUUGAUGCGACGCGUGACGACGAGGGCGUGCGGUUCUCCUACUGGACCGAUUCGUUGUCCGACCAAGCUGCAAAGAAUAUCUCUUCUACCAUGGCAAAGAUCCUGUCCCAAGUUCUCGUCGACCCAACUCAGACCAUUGGUGAGUUCGACGCUGCCGUCACCGAGAAGCCUAAAGAUUAUCUCAAGCCGACAGCCCAACCGCGCCGCCCUUCUUUGGCAAGGUCAUUAAGCUCAAUCAGCAACGGUUCGGCCCAAGCAGCAAGAUCUGUCAGACCCACUCCAAGAUUUGAGACCAGCGAUCCAUUGGCUUCAUCGCUGCCAGUGCCCAAGAUCGAGACGCCAAUGCCAAGUGGAGCGCCUGAUUGGAGCAGCCUCAUCCGGAACAUCGUUCAGGAAGUGGUGCCGCAGAUUGUGGAUCAAAUGCUGUCCAAGAAUAAUCUUGCUCCACGCCCCGCAGCAUCCACAGUCACUGAUAUGACGAAUCAGAUGGCGAACAUGCUCACCCGCAAAGCGUCGCAGUCCAUCCGCGGCAGACAGGACCUUGACGCCCGCUCCGUCCGAUCUCGACGCAUGAGUGUGGCGAGCCGCGCCAGCGACGCUGAGAGUAGGAUUCAAACGGCUGCCGACAUGGUAGCUGCAGCUGGUGUGAUGGCUACAGAGGCGUUGAAGGCGGUGCCUCCGGAUUUUGUUGAGAAGAAAUUGCUCAGUCUGUGGAGCGAGUUGUUGGAUAUGGUGGAGGAUUCCAUUGGUGGGGAUGAUAGCUUUUUCCAACUGGGUGGUGAUAGCAUUAUUGCUAUGAGGUUGGUCAGUGCAGCUAGAGAGGAAGGUCUCUCUAUGACGGUGGCGGAUGUAUUCAAGAACCCCACGUUUGCAGAUAUGGCUAGGGUUGUGCGAGUCGCUGGUGAAGUCAUUGAUCAGAUCCGGUCUCAGGCUGGCGGCGAAUCCGUUGCCGGGCCAUCCAAACAAGCCAACGCAUUUCGCGAGCGGGCCUCGUCGGCAUGGAAAGACUUCCAGUCAAUUGUCUCCGAACAUGCCAUCAUUGAUGAGAAUGAUAAAGAGGACGGCGAGAGCGGUAGAGUGGCACUGAGCAAGGCGGACCGAACAACUGAACAAGAGAAGGAAAAAGAAAAGACAGAACGGGCCUUUAAGCGCUGGCAGGGAUUUACCCUCUCAAACAACCAGACUCAGUCAACCCGCCCGACCCAGAAGCACCAACACCAGGCAUCUGUCCAGACCAUACCCGAGGACCCCAAUGCUCAUAAAUCGGUUUCGCUUCUUGGAGAUCCAAGCGUCGAUAGUGUCAUCUCGAAGGUCCAAGUUUUCAAGGGUGGCAUCUCAGACGUACUUCCAGCGACAGACUUCCAGUCUCUAGCAAUCACCGGUACCCUUCUGGAGUCGAGAUGGAUGUUGAACUACUUCUACCUCGACGGUGGUGGCCCGCUCGAUCUUCGCAAGCUCAAACAGACGGCGUUCCGCAUUGUGCAAGCUUUCGACAUCUUGCGAACCGUUUUUGUCCCCUAUGGUGAUCGGUUCCUGCAGGUCGUGUUGAGAAAACUUCAACCCGAUUUCAUCUAUCAGGAGACGGACCAAAGCCUUGAUGACUUCACCACGGAACUUCGACAGAAGGAUCGCGAACAUGGGCCCCGUCUUGGAGAGACAUUCGUUCAAUUCAUCGUUGCCAAGCAAAAGAAGACUGAGCAUUAUCGCAUAUUCAUGCGCCUGUCACACGCUCAGUAUGAUGGAUACUGUCUUCCCAAGAUCCUUGGCGCUCUUCAAGCUGGAUAUAAUGGCCUCCCGAUAUCUUCUGCCCCCAGCUUCGGGACCUAUGUUCGAGAGUCUGCCAAAACUGUUGCCGGUGCCCACGAUCACUGGAGAGAAGUGCUCCGCGGCUCGACGAUGACUGAGAUCGUGCAUCGUUAUGGUCCAAAUUACCAGCGCUCAGCUGGCCGAACGGUUACACUCAAGCAGACGCUCACGGUUCCAAGCCUGUCUCGCCUGAACAUUACGACAGCGACCGUCAUGAAGUCUGCCUGGGCAUCCACAUUGGCGCGACUCGUUGGCAAGUCCGACAUUGUCUUCGGCCAUGUCGUCUCAGGGCGCAACAAUGGCGUUCCCAAUGUGGAGAGCAUCAUCGGACCCUGCCUCAAUAUGGUUCCGGUGCGCGUUGUGUAUCGACCCGAGUGGACCGUUCUUGAUCUUCUCAACUACAUUCAGGAACAGCAGAUUGCUAACAUGCCAUUCGAGUCUCUCGGUUUCCGAGAGAUCACGCGCAACUGCACCGACUGGCCUGAUUGGACGAAUUUCUCCAGCGUCCUCCAGCACAACCAGAACAUCCAUUCCGACGACGCCACACUUCAGCUGGGAGGCAUUGAGUACAAAGUGGGCGCUGUUGGGUCCCAAGAAGACUUCGCCGACAUCUCAAUCCUGUCUACGUCCAGAGGCGGCGAUCAGCUCGAGGUCAUGCUCACGUACGCACCGAACAGCACCAUCACGUCGCAGUACGCCCAAGACAUAUUUGACAUGCUCUGUACAACUGCGAUUACCUUUGCGGAGGAUCCGUACACGCUUCUCCCGUCGCCGUCGGAACUCACCUCGCAAGGCAGUAGCACUCUGCACUCAGAGAAGAGCGUGAAGCAAGAGAAGCAGCCCGUAUCUCUUCCCACCGAUACUGGCCUCCCUAAGAACGAACUCAACACCCUCGCUGCUACAUUACGGUCGGCAUGGGAGCAGAUACUUCGCCCCGGUAACGGCGGCCUGCUUUCCCUGGAUUUGAGCUCAAACUUCUUCGAGCUUGGGGGAGAUAUCAUGGGCUUGGCGCAGGUGGCGAGUAUCCUGGACCAGGAGGGGCUGAGGGUCCGGGUGGAGGACCUGAUUGAUAAGUCUGUGUUUGUGGACCAGGUUGGAUUGCUGGCGGUGGAGAGGAAGAAGGUGCUUGAGAGUGAAGAGAUGAGUCCUUGGGGGGAGAAGGCUCGAAACCGCGCGCAGGCGGUGAAGGAGAAGGAUGGGCAGCGGUCUCAGAGUGGGUUGGGUUUGGGAUCGCUGGUGAAGAAGAUUGGGUUGAAGAAGAAGAGCACUUGA